UUUGUCUCCUCUUCUCUGCCACCAGUACAAAGCUGUGUGAGCUUUAUUUGUGUCAUCUGAAGUCUCUGCAGCUGUGCUUACCUGGGGAUCUGCUUUCCAGAAGGAGAGAAGCCUCUGGAUCUGGAGGGCUGGAAGAUGCAGACCAUCCCAGGUUUCAUCCUUGGCAUCUUCAGGGAUAGCCAACGUGAUGCUCUCCAGAUGUUUUGGACUACAACUUACAUGAGCUCCAGCCACCAUGGUCCCAACAUCUCCAGUCCUGUCUGUCUUCUGCCUGUGACCGCUGCCAUGCACCACUCUGAAGCUGACAGCUCCCUGUUGAUCUACAUGGGUGCAGUGGUGCUGUACGGAGGGACGAUCCUUUACCGAGCCAAAAAGAACUGUGUGGAGAAGGCAAAACCCUUUUCCUGGGGUCUCCUCUUGCUCCUUGCUUCAGGAGUCCUGUGUUUCGCCACACUGAGAAGUUACCUGGGCUUGAGUUUCUUCUCGCUGAUCUGCUUCCUCUUCUGCAUUUAUACAUCUGAUCAAGCCCUGCUCCCUGUGGACCGCAAAGCAGUACUCAUCACAGGAAGCGAUAGUGGCAUUGGACAUGCAUUGGCGAAGUACCUUGACCGUUUAGGAUUCACCGUGUUUGCCACCGUUCUGAAUGAGAAAGGACCUGGUGCAGAAAAACUGAGGCAGUCCUGCUCAGGUAGACUUUUUGUUCUGCAACUAGACAUCACCAAUUCGGCGCAGAUUAAAGAAGUGUACCUUGAAGUAAGAAAGAAGUUGCAAGGUGGAGAUCUCUGGGGUGUCAUCAACAAUGCAGGGGUCCUGGGUCUCAUGGGAGAUGGUGAACUGCUCCCUAUGCAUUCUUACAAGCAGUGCAUGGAUGUCAAUUUCUUCGGUCCCGUUGAACUAUCAAAAGCAUUCUUGCCAUUGCUCCGCAAGUCCAAAGGAAGGCUUAUUAACAUUUCAAGCAUGGCAGGAGGUAUCCCCAUGCCAGGCCUCGCUGCCUACGGUUCAUCCAAAGCAGCCCUAUCCAUGUUUUCUGGAGUCAUGAGGCAAGAGCUCUCCAAAUGGGGCAUUAAAGUAUCUGUGCUUCAUCCAUCAGGCUUCAAGACAUGUAUCCAGGGAACUCCGGAGGUCUGGAAUAAGGAAGAACGCACCCUUCUUGAGAAUCUCAUGCCUGACGUGAAGCAAGAUUAUGGUGAAGAGUACAUCCUCAAGCUGAAGAUGGCUCUCAAUGCCAUGCCAUUGGCUUGCGGGUCAGAUCUCUCCCCUGUCCUUUGUGAUGUUUUACAUGCAUUAUUGGCAGAGCACCCAUGUGGUUUAUACACUCCAGGCAAGAGCGCUUACAUAUUCCUUCUCAUCUUCUGCUAUUCUCCUCUCUGGUUUUAUGACUUUUUCAUGAGGAAAAUUUUCAGCACCUCAGACAUGCCCAGCGCUCUCAGAGCAGCAGAGAAAGAAAACAAGAACUUGUAGGCAGAUACUGCCUGACUUAGUCAUUUGUUUGUCAGGCUAUUUAGCUGACUUGUGAGAGUUGGGAAUAUUGCAUUUCAUGUGUUAAAAACACAUUGGGUGGAUAAAAGAAGUGGGGAAUGUUUAGAUUUAAGACAGAAACCCUCUCUAUCCUGUACAUUUCACCUCUUAUCUACUAUUUUUGAUACCUUUUUCUCUUGAGUUAGGCUGAACUGAAACUCCGUUUUAAACAUUUUAUUAAAUUUCCAAAUAUAACAAAAAUAAAAUUAAAAACAAUACAAAAUCAAAACAAAAAAAGACUUCCCCCAGUCCCUUCCUUGAUUCCAUUGUUAAUCAACGUACCACAUGUCCAUUGUAAAAUUUGAGAACCAUUUAAAUUACUUAUUAUCCAUUCAUACAAAAUUACAAGUAAUCCUAAAACCCCGCUAAUGUAUUAACCUGUGUACAAUGCUUCUGUAUAUAUGCAAUAAACAUAUUCCAUUCUUCCUUAAA